AUGAUCGCGCACACUAAUAGCGUUAAAACAGCCAACUCCCGUGUCCGCCGAGUCAGCGGUUCAAGUCAACUCGAGACGGCCGAGCUCUGCUUAUCGCCCGGCUCUGCGUUGAUCAGCAACACACAAUGUAGCACCGGAUGUAAUAUCAAAUUCUCCACAAAAUCCUAUGUUCCUCUUCGCCGGGGAUAUCGCAGUUUGAUUCUUCGUUUCUUUCUUUCUGCCACACAACUCGUUCUCACACCGGUCGACCGCUUUGCUCGCCGGAUCGCACCGUUCGUCCUUAUCACGUCCACCAGAAAGCCGCGACUGCCAACCGCCGCGCUCGUUCGUGAACGAGCUAGUGUCUCGUUGGAUCACCGCCACCGUCGUCCCGAUGCUUUUACCGACCGCGAGUCAACGGCAAAGUUACAGUCGGAGUACGUGUGUACCAGGUUCAUUCGCUCACUCACUCUUUUUCUCGUCUCUUCCUCUCUCUGUCUCCUUUCCUCCCUCCCCCUUCUCCCCCUCUCUCUCUCUCUCUCUCUCUCUUUCUCGACCGGCAAGGUAGACCUUGGUGGCGGACGAUCCUAUUACCUCGUCUUCUCUCUGUCAACGAAUCGCGAUUGUUUCCUCCCGGUAAAACCGUCCACGUAUCCUCUCGACGUCGACGCCGCGACGUCCACCCUCUUAUUCCUCCGCUCAACGAUAAUCCUACUAUCUCUUUCUUGUUUCCGUCUCCUUUUGUUCUCGCGCUCGACUCUACGAAAUCGAGUCAGCUGCUCUUCCAAGUGUUUCGUCCGCUUCCGUUCGCUCCACCUCUCGUACCGGAUUCACCAUGCAAGUCGUGAAAAAGAGAGAGAGAAGAAUCGAUCAGUCGAUUGGUCGCGAUUCUCUCGUCCGUCCUCGCUCGCAGAUACACGGCCAAAAAUUCGCCGGUCGGUCUGUCUGUCUCUCUGCGAUUGCGAAGGCGGCGCACGCACUCUUGCGCGCAUACAUAUACAAAGAGGGAGGGAGAGAGAGAGAGAGAGAGAGAGAAAGAGAGGCACGUAUACACGCACGGACGGCACGGAUGGACGGCACGCACGCACGUACGUCACUCACGUACGUUCGCACGCACCCACGCACGCACGCACGCACACACGCACGCACGCAACGCACGCAGUUCUUCUUCGGUAUGGUAAAGUCUACGGAGCACUGCACUUUUUUUUGCAACCGGCAGUCUGUCUCUGUAACAUGCGCGCACACCUACCCACACAGCGAUAGCACAUACGUCACUCGUCGCACAUAGGUACACGACAUCUAUCUAUUUCUCUCUCUCUCUCUCUAUUUUACUUCGCGUCUCUCCCACACUCGAUCUUUCUCUUUUUAUGUCCCUCUCUCUCUCUCUUCCACCAUCCCCUUCUACCGUUUCUCUCUCUCUCUCUCUCUCUCUGUCUCUCCGAAUCACUCGUUGCCGCUCUCUCGUUAUCUCGCGGAAUCGUCUCGACGUUCUGGCCGUGCACCGGUUAGUUUUUACAUAUCGAGUGUUGUCCGUGGGCCAAGAAUCCUCUCCUUCUCUCUUUUUUUUCUCCUCGAUGUUUCUCUCCCUCUUUUUCCCUCUGUGCGCGCUUCGUCUGGUUCACUCUCCUACUCCGACUGUCUUUAUAUGUUUCGUGGCGGUGUGUAGCGACUGGCUCGUACGUUUUGGGCUUUCACUCGUACUGGCGACGACGAUGAGAGAUCAGGCAGUCCUUCUCUCUUUACUCCCGAUUUGAUUUGUCGAUGUAUAGCGAGAGCGUGCAGCUACAUCCAGAGAUCGCAUCGACGCAAUCGUCUAUCUAUUCAAAGUUCUUCGUCACUGAUUCUCACCGACGCCGACGACACACCGUCUCGUUUACGUGGACGGCUUCUUCCUGACCGCGUAGGAGAAUAUCACACCGCCGGCGAGGCGCACAGCUGACCGGCCGGUCUGCCAAGCUCGGUCAAUAGCCAUAGCCAGUCGUGAGCUGCUGCCGAGGGUAGCUCGUAGCUCGGCGUAACUCUUCGGCCAUCUCCGAUACUUGUCGGCUCUUCCCGUGGCCUUUACGAUGGCAGACUCGUAUCAGAAUGAUGCCAGGGCCCCGCGAGCCGUACUUUACAGUUCGAUCGAAUCGUUGGAAUGGAAAUUUCCUGCCGAACAUUCCUAGGCAACGAAGCGAAUCGACUGAGCUCAAUCGAGAAUAUUAUCCGCAAUUAUCCACUUCGAAAUCUGUAAUAACUUCUGGGAGCUUUCUUCAUCCUUUUCUAUCGGAUCGUCGCGGUCUUUUAAACGAUUCUGGUAUUCAGCAAUCGGCGAAUUAACUUUUGCGUGAAUGACAUAAAUUUGCUUUAGUUUCUCAAAAAAAUUCCUGUUUGCAUCUGAUUAAAUAACUUGAAGAUUAAAGAUCGAAUUAAUCGAUUAAUCCUUGAAACAAUGAAAAUGAGAUGGAUGAAAAUAAUCUCUUGCUACAAUUUAAUCGUUAUAUGUAACUUUUUGAGAUAUUUCGAGAUUUUCUCUUUACGUGCUGAUAACGAUGAUUUCAAAAGCACAAUGAUCUUUUUGCCAUCCUAUCCGAUUAAACUACUGUAAAAAGUCAGUAAAAUCGGUUCUGGAAUGUUGAAAAUAAAAUGCUUGAUUAUGCGA